AUGAGUAUUGUGAGCGUUUCGAGCCUGUUGGCGUUCUUUUCGCCCGGUCCGAUGGAGAUGCUGAUUAUCGGCAUCGUCGCUGUAUUGCUGUUUGGUAAGCGUUUGCCCGAGGUCGGGCGGUCGCUGGGCAAAGGGUUGGUCGAGUUCAAGAAGGGCAUCCGCGGCGUGGAAGACGAGAUGAACUCCGUCACCCGCGAGGCUGAUCGAGCCUCUCGCUACAACGAUGACGAUGAUCGUGAUGUAGCCACGGCCCCCAAGUUCGAGCCCCCGCCAACCGAACCCCGAAUGGUUUGCGUAGACCGUAGGCAGGUGAAGACAGGGGCUCAUGGGUCGCUCUCCGUGCGCGAUGGUUAUGCCAUCGCGCUGAGUGUUGGCUUUGUGGCUCUUCCCGCUCCCGGUUCUAGAGAACGGGCCUCGCUUUUACCUAAUGACGAAGCGAAGCCAGCCGCUCGCAAUCCGCGCGUCUGGGUCGCACUGUUGGUUGCUGUCUUCUUCGCUAUGAGCAGUGCAGAUACUGCACAGGCGGCCGUUAUCUCAUUAGACGAUAUCGACUUUUGGGUAGGCAGCGGGAGUAACCGGGCGGCCAUGGUGGUCACUUGGAGUGCUCCGGAGGUUUUCAACAACACCAUCGUGCCCGAUAUGUUCAACGCGGUGGUGGCAGCCGAUCCACGCCUGUUCGCAAUGGCAAGCGGCAACACGCAGUUUGGAACCACGGUGUUCGGCAUCGGAUACGACUUGGACAAUGAUGGCCAAUACGGACUGUCAGACGGAUUCACCAACUACAGCAAGUCUGAUUUUACCGCGGGCUUCGUCUAUGGAGGCUAUGGAGAUCCUGAUUACUUCUAUACUACCGACGUAGACGACCUCUACUGGGGCGGUUGGUACGGUCCAAACUGGGAACUAUGGCACGAGCUUGGCGGCAAUGGUGGAUUCACGAAUGCACCAGAUCGCGGACCUGACCCCUACUACACCAGUAACGGCUUCUACGGCGGUGACCAUGGUGAAUGGCACUUCUCCGAAGUCGGCAUGACCGGAAUGACGUUGGAAGAUGGCUCUUGGAUGGGUUGGAGCGUAGCCGCGGGCGGGUUGGACUACGGCAACCCAUCGAGCGAAGGGACCAUGGCUUGGCUCGACCAUAAAGCUGCACCCAACACGGUGGCAGUACCCGAGCCAAGCGGGCUGAUGCUGGCGGGCUGUGGGUUUUCUGCCUUACUCCUGGUCAUCAGACGUCGAGCCACUACAGAGGCGGAGCCGCGCGGCGGCGAAGUUAAACGUGAAUUCGUCUCGGUUCUCCUCGGUGCGUUGCUCAUCCUUUGCUUUGCUGCAGGAACACGGGCCGACAGCCCGUAUGCAACGGAACUCAUCGAGGAGAACGCAACCUAUGGAAAUGCUUCGCUUUACAACGACCCGAAUGCUGUACUGGGCGAGCCAACAAGAAUCGCAGUGAACAACGACCCGUUCGUCGGUUCCAGCCCGUUUCACGUCAAGAUAGUCGAACCUGCUUAUAACCUCGACCCGGAAGACAACAAGGUUAUCACCACCCUAAGCCGAAAACUAGUUUCGGGGAGUUACCAAUACGGGGCCAUUACGGUCAAGUUCGAUCACCAAGUUUUUGACGAUCCCGCGAACCCCUAUGGAAUCGACCUGAAUGUGUUUGGCAAUUCCUUCUAUGUAGGAAGCGGCUACGUAAGCGAUACAUCGGACAUGAGAAGCUACAACCUUGUUGGCGGCAUCUUUGCAGAACCAGUCGUGGUCUCUGUGAGCCCCGAUAAUAUCGACUGGUAUACCUACAGCAUUGGCCCGUAUGGCGACACAGCUUUUCCAACGCAGGGACAUCAGUGGAGUGCCGAACAACACGACCUGACCGGCAACGGUUGGACCGAUCAGGAGACGGACUUUACAAAGCCAGUAAACCCGACUUUGAACUCGGUGCUCGGGGCGCCAGGCCAAGUCAUGUCUGCCGCAGAUGCGAUGCAAACCUAUGUUAACUCGGGAGGUGGUACGGGGAUCGACCUGUCCGAAUCCGGGUUUGAAUGGAUUCAGUUCGUCCGAGUCGAGGCAACCGCGCAGUUUCGGGAGGGCGAAAUCGAUGCAUUUUCUGAUGUUCGCCCCAUGCUGGUCGGCGAAAGCCUUUCGAUCACACCGGACAAUAUCGCAGAAGGAACCCCUCUGUUCUUUCAAUCGCCUUCAGACGAAGCGCGCACGGGAGUCUUGGCUGAGUUCCUGGAUGUGAACGGCCUGGCAAAGCUGACAACUGGGGAACUCGAUGAUCCAUUGCUUCUAUCAGCCCUUCCUUCGGGAAACCUGUUGGCCGGCUAUCAGUUGGAUGUCGGUUCACUCAUCGGCGAGAGUGAAGUGGAUUACCAGGCUUGCUUCGGAUUGUUGCCUGGGCUGAACUACGCAGGUGACGGAACCGAUCUCGAGUUGCUCAGCUGGAGCGGAUCCGACUGGCAACCAAUUCCGUUUCAAUUCGACUCGGGAAGCGGUUUGGCCCAAUUGUUGGAUUGGACGGAGAUGUCGUCAUCUCUCGCCAUUGUGCAAGUUCCAACACGGCUCGCCGUUGCGAGAACGUUGCUCCCGUCUGAAAGCACCCUCCUAAAUGAGUUGGGCAACAUCAUGCGCAGUGAAGAGUACCCGCGCUUGCAGAGAGGUUCCGCACGUUCGAAGCGUGCCUCUCUGCAAGUCAGCCGUGGUUUUACGUUGGUCGAACUUCUGGUGACGAUCGCCAUCAUCGGCAUCGUUCUGGCGAUACUCGUCCCGGCCGUAAUCGCGGUCAGAGAGUCUGGGAGGAGAAUUCAAUGUGUGAAUAACCUGAAACAAAUGGCCCUGGCCGUGCAGAUGUAUACCACCGCGAACUUGGGCUCCUAUCCGGUGGCUUAUCAUUACGGAUUCGAUGGUACGAGGACGUACACGAUUUGCUGGGAUUUAACGACGAUCAGCCAGCCAGGCCAAGAACCCGAAGUGGUACCCGGCCUGCUAUGGCAAGGAGUUAAUUCGCCGAUGGUUAUUCAGAUGUGUCCUUCGUAUUCGGGUAGCGCAAACUGGGCCGUCGAUCCGUACACCGGGUACAACUACAACACGAGUUAUAUUGGGCACGGACAAUACGAGAGCAUUGUCGAGCCAGCUCGCGAGAUCAUGAUCAAGAACAAGUCUUACACCGCGAUAUUCGGCGACGGCGAGUACGCGGCAGGCGCCAACAAAUUUAUGCGAGCACCCUUCGAUAGUAAAGGAGACGAUAGCUUCAAUGGACGCUGGGCAGGUACCCAGGGGUUUCGUCACGCAGGAGUCACCAACGUCGCCUUCUGCGACGGCCACGUUGAGUCACGAGCCGACUGCUAUACGCAAACCGACGACUGGAAUGGUGCCGCAAACAUCGCAGAAGGGACUGGAUUUCUGGGACCAAACAACCGCAUUUAUGGCCAAGAGCCUUGCGGCAAGGUUGCAAUCCCAGUGAAACCAAAGGCUCUACUCUCUUGGAGUUCUGGAAAGGACAGCGCCUGGGCCCUGCAGGUCUUGCGCGAGCGUGGUGAGGUGGAAGUUGUUGGUCUCGUCACAACUUUCAAUGAGGCAUUCGACCGGGUGGCAAUGCAUAGUGUCAGGCGGACGUUGGUCGAAGCUCAGGCCACCGCAGCUAAUGUUCCAUUGUGGUCGGUUUGGUUGCCUUGGCCCUGCACGAACGCGGCGUACGAAGAGAAGAUGCUUGAACUCGUGGCUCGGGCAAAAGACUCUGGCGUCACCCAUUUUGCUUUCGGCGAUCUAUACCUCGAGGACAUCCGGGACUAUCGCGUCCGACAACUCGCCGGCUCUGACAUUGAACCGAUGUUCCCGAUUUGGACCACACGCACUGAAACGAAGCAACUUGCGCGAUCGAUGAUCGAUUCUGGGCUUCGUGCAACGCUUACCUGUGUAGAUCCCAAACAGCUCGCACCAGAGUUUGUCGGGCAGGAGUUCGAUCGCGAAUUGCUCGAGAAUCUGCCACUUGGCGUCGACCCAUGUGGCGAGCAGGGAGAGUUUCACACUUUCUGUCAUUCGGGGCCGAUGUUCGAUCGGCCGAUUCUCACCACAGUCGGCGAAAUGGUCCAUCGAGAUGGAUUCUGCUUCGCUGACAUCGAAGAAGCGAGAUAA